CGUAAACAGUAUUAUUAUCAAUCAUGCAGCCGAUAUAAUUUGACUGGUAAAUCUUGUCCAAUUUCUUCGAUCUUUCUCUUCAACUUCGUUGAAGCCAGUGAUCAAUGGAGCGGGGAUUCUGAAGCUAUGCGGUCCAUUAUGCUUGAUGGGUUGUAGUUGAUUCAAGUGUUUCUGUGAUACCUUAUUUUGACAAUGCGACAUUUUAAACUGCUCUAAUCUUAAGGGCAGGAGGAUUUGAACCUAAAUACAAGGAGACGGGAAUUUAGUCCGCUGACCAACUGUUCUAAUUCACGUCUACGUGUUGCCUUGAUUCCUAGCAUGAACUGAAUUGUGUGGUGCUGGUCCUGCUGGACUGAUAAGAGCAGGUUCAAUCGUUAUUGAGUCACAGGCCAAAAUGCUUCAAUGAUUGCAAAAUUUAUGGAUUGAGAUACUGAAGACACAAGCUUUUUGGUUGAAUGGGCAUCACAGAAACAGUUAUGGCGAAAUCCAUGAGCUUUGAAAGAAAAGAAGGAAGAGACCAUUCAGAAACUAAUAGCAGCUCCAAUGGCUCUGAUAAAGUUUACAUAGAAAGGUCAACAAACUUCAAAAAUUGGGUAUCCACAGAACCGAAAAUUGAAGCAUCUGAUUCAAUAUUUGAGAGUCCUGAUUUAACCUCUUCGAUCGGUAGAAAUGGUGAAGUAGUGGAGAUAAACAAGCCUACAAUUUUGUUUCUUGAGCGCAAUGCGGCGGCAACUAAGAUUCAGAAAGUUUACAGGACGUACAGGACUACACGUACCAAUGCUGCGGCAACUAGGAUUCAGAAGGUUUAUAAGCGUUACAGGACUAGACGAAACUUUGCAGAUUGCGCUGUUGUAGUUGAGGAACUAUGGUUGAAGGCCUUAGACCUCGGAGCUCGGAAACGAAGCUCAGAGGCCUUGGACAUUGAGAAACACGAAACUAUUGAGUCACUGCGGGCACGAACUAGGGCAAGGGCUUCUGGCCAGGCUGACAAACUAGAGCUGCAGCACUGGCUUGAAUCUAUUGAUCCACGCCAUCGGUACGGGCACAAUUUAGAGUUCUACUACGAUGUCUGGUGUGAUUGCGACAGCAAGCAACCUUUCUUCUACUGGUUGGAUAUUGGUGAUGGUAAAAACAUAAAUCUCAGUAAGUGUCCGAGGACCGAGCUACAACGUCAGUGCAUCAGCAAUCUUGGACAACGCCAGAACAGCAGAUAUCUUGUACCAACUAUUUCAGUAGAAUGGACAUUUCUAGUCAUUGGCCUCUGCCUAGAGAUUUUGUCGAUUGCUUUUGAUCAGGCCGCCUCCCCAAGUAAGCCCCGAUAUGCACUAUUUGGUAUGACAUUGGCUAUUGCAGUUCUACUCAUUUGCAUAUGGGAGCUCAUUUACAAGGGUAAAAAGGAAGGAGUUGUGUUGCGGCGGUGGGGAAAGUUGUGGUGGUUUUAUUAUCCACAUUCCGCCCAGAUUUUUGGAACUCUUCCUGACUUUUAUGGAUUACUUGGUAGCACUUCGCAGUGUAUAUGCUCGACGGUUCAAUAUGUUUGCUUCUCUCAUCAUGCUGACAAUCCCAUCAAAGUAUCCCUUUGGCCUGCCAUCUUUCUUGUAUGCUUGGGUGCAAAAAAAUUAGUCGAGAAACGAAAUGAGACCCAUGGACACAAAGAUUAGAUGACAAAGUCUAAUUGCAAUCAAGUAGAUUAAGCAUGGACAACAUUGAUCAAAUCAGAAGUGUAUGUAUCAAAUUCAUGAUUUGUGUAACAUGUGUUAAUGAGCAAAUAAGGAUAGGUAACCUCAAGAAUAUCCAGAAAGAAACAAGAAUUAACAAGAAAUUUGUAUUUCUGUAUCUUUCUUUAACCUCCAAAUGCACAUGGCUUCUUUGUUUUA